CAUGGACCAACACAUGAAGACACAUUUACUAGAUUUAUCUGAUCAACUCAACAUCUCAUUGCAAAAUCGACCGAUUGAGCAAAACUUGCAUCCGAUAAUGUCGGAAAAAGAGGUGGAGAUUCGGGGCGAGCUAGAGAUGGAUAUCGAGAGAGAUUUGGAGCAAGAAAUUAAAGAUGGUAUAUACCAUCUUGCACUAAGAUUACACAGGCUUCAUCAUCAUCAAGAAAAAAGAAACAAAAUAGUAUCUGAAGUGAACAUAAGCAUAAAAAUGGAAGGAGGGACCAAGAUUGAAAUAAAAGAGACCAAAAAAGAAUUAAAUCCUCAUGAUCAUCAAGAAAAAGCAAAAGCAGGCAGGCCAAGAACUGCAAAAUCAGACAAGUUUGAUUGGGAAAAGAGUUUAAGGAAAAGUAAAGUGAUGAACAAGACAAAUGUCCAUAUGGAUAUGAAGCUAGAAAAUGCAAGAAGGAAUGGUGGUGAUAAGGUACUUAAAUUGGGAUGGAAGUGCGAAAAUUAAAUGGAGAGUGAUCUAUAUAAUAUUUAUGUAAAUGUUAUAUUUUGUGUUUUUUUUCAAGAAAUGUAAUGUUUUGUGUUUAAUUGACAUGGUAUUAGAGUGUUAUUAGGGCUAUUGAAGUAUACAAUUGCUAACAAGCAAGUGUAAUUGUGGAUUAUAUGUUGGGAUAAUACUAUUACGACU